UACUGAACCAGAACUUUAUAUCAGUGUACGCAUUUUUCACCAGCACAAAGGUCUGUAACUUGCACUACAUUUAAUUGAAUUAUUCACUCGAAAAAUGUGGACGUAAACAUCAUUGGUGUUGGAGAGAAAUGAGCUAAAUCCAGCUCCAGUCAGCGUCCAGUCCGUCCUAAAUGCUGCACAACGGAAUAACAACACACUUUUCCAACAGCUGAACUUUUAAGGUGCAUUCAAGUAACUCUGGUACACUGGAUUGUCCAUCUUCCAAAAAUAACUAAUGUUAUUUAAAAUAUUUUAAAUAAGACAAUGCAAAGUCUUAUUUAAAAAAAAUCUUAGGAAACGAUAUCAUCCACUCAUCCAGUCAGUUUUACAGCGGCCACUUUCUGUUUGUUUCUCUCGAUUGGAAGGAACUGAAAACAUACUGAGACUUUAAAUAAUACUGAACCUUGAUUUUUGUGUACAUUUGUAGUCCUAGUCAAACGGGUUUAUACUGACAUUAUUACAAACAAUUCAAAAUGCCAAACUCUUCCCCUCCACACAAUUCUAACCAAAAGUUCCUGGUAAAAGAGAAAACAUCUAUUUCUCACCUGCUGUCUUUUUUGGGUUAAAUUUCUACCCUGAUGACUUCUUUUUACCCUGACAAAUACAGUCGAAACAGGGGGGUAAUAAUGACCCCAGAAAAGUUCCCUGGUUAGUGAAAACUGGGGUAGUUUUCUACACACCAGUGGCUAGAUACAUGCAAGAAAACAGCUUUUGAAAACCUGUCCAUCGUGGGGUUGGUUAUCCAAACAUGGUUUUUUGUUUGUUUGGUUUUUUUUGCCCAGCAGUUUUUUACUUUUACUACCAUAGAUUCAUUAUAUUUACAAUAAAACAGCAAACAACGGCUGUUUAGAUUAACAUGGCUACUCUCCCAAAGAUUGUGGGGAACAAAAAUUACAAUUGGUAGGAGAGUGACUGAGUCGGAGAGGAUCCAUCAGUGUGAACUCUCCUCUAUGUUUACAUAGGGGAAGGAUGGCCAUAAUGAGGUUGCUAGACGACCUGUGCAGCAACAGGAAACAGGAUGUUUAAAUAGACACUGGUUGCUUUUUUUUUUUUUUUUUUUUUUUACAUUUUUUUUAAACAUUUAAAGAUCAUAUCCACUAAUGUGACAAACUUAUUGCCAAAUACUGAUGCGCUUUGUUUGUGAAAGCUAAGCGUUUAGAUAGAGCUGCCACUCCAAAAAGUCUGUGGGAUUGCCCUUCUUUAUUUAUUUUUUCUUUCUUUCUUCUUUUUCUACCGUAUCUAAAUAUAAGACGGUGACAAAUAGUCCAAAUAGCCUACAGUAGCAACCCAACUGUGAUGUGGGGGUGGUGCGGCUCUAUCUCCAAAAGUCUCCUCUGUUGGAUCCGGAGUGCGUCAAGAGAAGGUCGCAGAGUGCCUCAGCUGCCGCGCGCGGCCGACUGUCCCCCUUUCAUCUAGUUACCAUGAAGAGACAAAACGCCAGGACGCUCGCCCUCAUCGUCAGCAUCCUCACCUACCUGGUGGUCGGGGCGGCCGUCUUCGAGACCCUGGAGUCCAAACAGGAGAAAACUCACAAGAGGAGGCUGGACGCCAGGAAGUACGAACUCAUGCGCAAAUUUAACUUGACCAAAGCGAACUUCGAGGAGCUCGAGCUCGUCGUUUUGCAGCUCAAACCUCACAAAGCCGGAGUCCAGUGGAAAUUCGCGGGCUCCUUUUACUUCGCCAUCACUGUGAUCACGACCAUAGGUUACGGCCAUGCAGCGCCCAGCACCGACUCAGGGAAGAUGUUCUGCAUGUUCUAUGCCCUGCUUGGGAUCCCGCUCACCCUUGUAAUGUUCCAGAGCCUGGGAGAGCGCAUCAACACGUUCGUCAGAUACCUGCUGCAUCAAGCCAAAAAGUGCCUGGGAAUGCGUCAGACCGAGGUCUCCAUGGCGAACAUGGUGACGGUCGGCUUCUUCUCCUGCUUGAGCACUCUGUGUGUGGGCGCCGCGGCGUUCUCCCACUGCGAGGGAUGGAGUUUCCUGCACGCCUUCUACUACUGCUUCAUCACGCUCACAACCAUCGGUUUUGGAGAUUACGUGGCCCUGCAGAGGGACGACGCGCUUCAGAACGACCCGCGCUACGUGGCUUUCUGCUUCGUCUACAUCCUCAUGGGCCUGACGGUGAUCGGGGCGUUCCUGAAUCUCGUCGUGCUCCGCUUCCUGACCAUGAACACCGAGGAUGAGCGGCGGGACGCCAAGCAGAAGGCCUUGAUGACCGUGGGCAAGCCCCGAGGGGAGGUGGCUCGUCUUCUACCGCUCUCGACCUCAACCUCGUCCACCGUCGUAGCCAACAACGCCACAAAGGCUAAAGAUUUAAAAGGUGCUUACACCGAGGUUUUGCAUUUCCAAACGAUAUGCUCCUGCUUGUGGUACAGAAGCAAAGAGAAGCUGCAGGGCUCCAUACCCACCAUGAUCCCUCAGGAGAUGACUUUCUCAGAUGCCUACUUGCAGCAGAACAGUAACUGUCCUCACUACAUGGAUCCUGGAUCAACAGGGUGUGUGUGCAGUCCACGUCAAUGCACCAGCAUAAGCUCCAUAACAACAGGCCUACACAUUCUGUCUCCAUUCAAUCUGUUUAAAAGACGCAGCUCCGUUUAGCCUUUCACAGCAACUGAAGAACAACACUUAACUGCAACUAGAUGUACGUGGUGCUACAAUCCUGGUAUUCCAAGAGUAUAAUGCGCAAAAAAAAAAAGAAGGAGUAUGCACACAGCAAAGUCUUGAUCAAAUAUGUAAUGCAGACAGAACAGCAAACAAAGGGUUUCCUUUUGAGGCUUUGUGUGGGUGUGUGUGUGUGUGUGUGUGUGUGUGUGUGUGUGCUCAACGGAGUUAGGUCCAACCGGUUUGGUGUCACGUGGGUCACGACACAUGAACACAACGUGGUGCAUGUUGUGCCUAUCGGAUGCUUGGCCGGUGAAAUCAACAGUGAGGUGACGGUGAAAUGAAGAGAAACAAGAACUGAAUCUUGUUUUCCCUGCAGCAAAGAAGGAUUUUGGGUUUUCAUUAACGAGCGUGGCAUUACUUCCUAAAUGUUUCCUUCAUUCAUUCUGUUCCUUCAUUUUUUAAGUUUAGAGGUGUAUCGAUAUAUCCAGCUCACAGGACAAGGCGAGUUUAUGAGACAAGAUUUUAACAAUAUUGUUGUUAUAAAGAAUCUCCAUUUUUGUUCCACAGAUAUAGCAAAGGUUUCAUAAACCACUUUUCUUUCUCUCUCUCUGUGUUAUCAGAGUACAGUCAAGGUUUGCAGUCAAGGUUUGACAAUUAGAUAUAUUUUUAUGGUUAUGCUCUAAGGUGACCCUGAUGCGAACAAGAGAUAAGCAAAUGUCAACCUGCUUUGUUAAAGAUACUAUAAAAAGCCCUUUUUGCUAAAUGGAAAGCAACUCAGUUAGCACCAUUAGCGGCUAACCGUUAGCCAGAUAUGUAAACCUUUGCAUUAUAUCACUAUAUUAAAACAUCUAUAGGCUUCUUCAAAAUAAUUUUGGAUUUUACCUGCUCCAUAGGGCAACUCAAGAACGGCUUCCUUUUCUGCUGGUGUCAGACUUAAAUCACAAACUUUCAUAUCAGGAGUCCAGAAUAACCACUGGCACUUAUUUCACCUGACAAGGCCACUAGCUGGAGUUCUUGCUAGACGGGCUUUGAUGAGAAAUGUGGUGGCAUUUUAUGAACACCAGACUUCACGUCAUAAACCUUUACUUUGAAGACAUUACAGUUUGUGAGAAUUUGUGACCCAUCAGAACUUCACCAAGUCUGGAACAGGAGACCAACUUCACAUGAGUCACAUCUGUAGCUGCCCCCGUUACCAGUGCUCUCCAACCAAAUUGCUGGUGCUAGUCACAAACUUACGUAAUUUGUCAGGUGGAAAAGUCUAAAAACAAUGUGACCACUGACAACAACACACUGAAAUGUCCUUUAGUUUGCAUUUGUUUUACCCUGAAAGUAAACAAAGUGAGUUGAGUUUGAUCACAUUCCUCUUCAGUUUGCCUUAAUCAGCUUGAUGGACUGUAUUUACUGGAGGUUAAGGUGUCUUGGUUCAUUUUCUUUCAUUUGUCUGGUUGACUGGUAGCUAAACUGUAAUAUUUAGAUGUUUGAUGUUCUUCCCAUAUCGCAAGAAAAUCCCCAAAGCAGGAGCUGGAAACAAAACAAAAUGCAUUGCGGUCCAGUAAUUAUCUAGCAUAUUUGUAACAUUUAUGUACUGAAUAAUAUUUAAAGAAAUAUUUAAUAUAGAAUUGUCCGUCAAUCUGAAGAAAUUGAUCAAGCAUUUUAAAAUGGCUGAAGAAAACACCCCAUAAAACACAAAUGAGUAUCUAAGGACACUUCACUUCACUUUUAAAUGAUUCUAUUUGAUUUCUUGCCUACAAAAACCAUAAAUACACUCAUUCUGAUUUCUCAGGGAUAUUUUAAAAAAUUUUAAAGAAGAUUCUUUAUUAUGUUAUCAUAAACAAUAGCAUCUGUAGUAAAAUGCUUGCUGUGCUCGUUGAGGAAUAAUUGGUAGAAGCUAGUCAGGCCCAUCCCAAUUUUAGCUAAUUUGAACAAUUCAUACUGAAACGAUUAUUAUCAAUUUGAUACAAUGCUAUGCUCGUCGAUAUUAAUUUUGUUGCUGUUUUCUCAAACUACUCUGUGUUACAAUGCUACAACAUGGAGGCUGCUAGCUGUAUGAAUCUGCCGUAUCAGCUGCGACUCGUCAAUCGGCUCUCACUAGUUCACUUUCACCACUCAAACUUCUUCACUCGCUUUUCUACAAACCUAUGCCAAUAAGACAUCUUUCUGCUACAGAUAUAAUGAACCUUGAACAUUGGAUUGAGGGUAAUUCUGUUAGCUAAUUGUCAUAGGUUAGUCGUUUUUGGUUAUUACGCUAAACUAUGCUAAUUAUUUCCAACUGCACAGCAUAGCAUAUUAUUGCAAUUUUUGAAUGCAAUAUCAUCCAUCCAACCAUUUUCUAAUCACCCUUUGUCCCUAAUGGGGUCGGGAGGGUUGCUGGUGCCAAUCCUCAGCUAACAUUCCGGGUGAGAGGCGGGGUUCACCCUGGACAGGUUGUCAGUC